AUGGCGGCUAAGAAGAAGCAAAAAGAAGCACCGGCUGAUGCCGGAAAGAUGGGGACAGAAAAGCCACUCGGCAAGGGGGACCACCUCUUUCUGGUUGAUGGGUCGGGCUAUAUUUUCCGGGCCUAUCAUGCGUUGCCGCCGUUGACCCGUAAGUCUGAUGGGCUACCGGUGGGCGCCGUCCAUGGCUUUUGCAACAUGCUCUAUAAGCUCAUCGAGGACACAAAAGACGAGUUCGAGCCGACCCACCUUGCUGUUAUUUUCGAUGCGUCCGGCAAAACGUUCCGGAACGACAUCUAUGGGGAGUAUAAGGCCCACCGUCCUCCCGCGCCCGAAGACCUGGUUCCCCAAUUUGGGUUGAUCAGAGACGCUGUCCGCGCCUUUUCUGUGCCUUCCAUUGAGAUGAUGGGGUAUGAGGCCGAUGAUUUGAUUGCGACCUAUGCCGCUAAAGCCCGCGACGCUGGUGCACGUGUCACCAUCGUGUCCUCCGACAAGGACCUGAUGCAAAUGGUUGGCGGCAAUGUCGAUAUGCUUGACACAAUGAAGUACCGCACCAUUGGCCCCGCAGAAGUGGAAGAAAAAUUCGGGGUCGGGCCCGACAAAGUGAUUGACGUGCAGGCGCUUGCUGGCGACAGCGCCGACAAUGUUCCGGGCGUGCCUGGCAUUGGCGUCAAGACCGCCGCCUUGCUGAUCAAUGAAUAUGGAGAUGUGGAAACACUUCUGGAGCGCGCAGAAGAAAUCAAACAGCCCAAGCGUCGGCAGAACCUGAUUGAGUUUGCUGAUCAGGCGCGCAUCUCGCGCCAGCUGGUGACGCUUGCCCAGGACGUACCCAUCGAAGAGGGAAUGGAGACCUUCGGCCUUCGGGAUCCAGAUCCGACAACGUUGAUCGGUUUCUUCAAGGAUAUGGAAUUCAACACGCUCACCCGCAGGGUCGCUGAGCGGUUUGAUGUGGACGGAGAUGCAAUCGAAGCGACCGGCGCUUACGAUAACGGGGAAGCUCCCGCGCCAAAAAAAUCAACAGGCUCCGCACCGAAAGAAUCCAAAAAAGGCGGCACACCAGGGAUCGUUGAAACGGGGCUCGAUAAGGACCUGGGUAAGCUCACCUACGAGACGGUCACGACGCUCGACGCCCUUCAGCCCUGGAUCGACGCCGCAUUUGAUCAAGGCGAAAUUGCCGUCGACACGGAAACAGACUCGCUCGAUGCCAUGCAGGCGCGCCUCGUUGGCGUGUGUCUGGCGACCGAGCCAGGCAAAGCCUGUUACGUGCCGCUGCAGCAUGGCUCUGGCGAAGGGUUGGACUUUGGUGACGGAGCCCCAGACCAGAUCCCUUUAAAAGAGGCACUGGCAGCACUGAAACCGAUGCUGGAAGCACCGUCUGUGCGUAAGAUCGGGCAGAACAUCAAAUAUGAUCUUCUGGUUCUGAAGAAUCACGGCAUCAAUCUCGCGCCCAUCGAUGACACGAUGCUCUUGUCCUAUGCGCUUGAUGCGGGCCGCAACGGCCACGGCAUGGAUGAGCUCUCGGAGAUUCAUCUCGGCCACAAGCCCAUUCCCUUUAAAGAAGUAGCUGGCACCGGCAAAAAGCAGAUCACUUUUGAUCAAGUGCCCAUCGACAAAGCGACUGCCUAUGCAGCAGAAGACGCUGAUAUCACCUGGCGCCUUUACAAACUGCUGAAACCGCGCCUUGUCCCGGAAGCAAAGACCACUCUCUAUGAAACACUCGAGCGGCCUCUGGUUCCAGUUCUCACAGAGAUGGAGGCGCACGGCAUUAAGGUUGAUCGUGCGGUCCUCUCCAGGCUUUCUGGUGAGUUCGCGCAGAAGAUGGGGGCGAUCGAAGCAGAAGUUUAUGAGCUCGCUGGCGAGACCUUCAAUAUUGCCUCACCUAAACAGCUCGGCGAAAUUCUCUUCGACAAAAUGGGAUUGCCCGGCGGCAAGAAAACAAAAACCGGUGCCUGGUCAACAGAUGCAAGCACACUGGAUGACCUGGCCGCGAGCGGGCAUGACUUGCCGGUAAAAAUCUUGGAGUGGCGCGGGCUUGCGAAACUCAAGAGCACCUAUACAGACGCCUUACCGGAAUUCAUUCAUCCUGAAACGGGCCGCGUCCAUACCUCUUACUCAAUGGCGUCCACCAGCACCGGGCGUCUGGCGUCGACUGAUCCCAAUCUCCAGAACAUUCCUGUUCGCACAGAAGAUGGGAGGCGGAUACGGACCGCCUUUGUGGCCGACAAAGGCAAUAAGCUCAUCAGUGCUGACUACAGCCAGAUUGAGUUGCGGUUGGUGGCGCAUAUUGCUGAUGUGCCGCAACUAAAGCAGGCGUUCGCCGAUGGCAUCGACAUUCACACCAUGACAGCAUCCGAAAUAUUCAAUGUGCCCGUAGCCGACAUGGAGCCCUCCAUUCGACGGCGGGCAAAGGCGAUCAAUUUCGGCAUCAUCUAUGGCAUCUCUGCCUUUGGUCUGGCAAACCAGCUCGGCAUCGGCCGGGGCGAAGCGGCUGAAUACAUCGAUCUUUAUUUCGAACGCUUUCCUGGUAUUCGCACUUACAUGGAUGAGACGAAGGCGCUGGCCCAUGAGCAGGGCUAUGUGGAAACCAUUUUUGGGCGCCGCAUUCACCUGCCGGAGAUUAAUUCAAAGAAUGGUGCGCACCGGGCGUUCCUGGAGCGCGCCGCGAUUAAUGCGCCGAUUCAGGGGUCCGCAGCAGACGUGAUCCGGCGCGCAAUGAUCCGCAUGCCCGACGCCCUGAAGGCGGCGAAGCUUGAUGCGCGUAUGCUUUUGCAGGUGCAUGACGAACUCAUAUUCGAAGUUGCCGAGAAAAAAGCCGAGAAUACCUGCGCGCUCGUGUCGAAUGUGAUGAUCGGCGCAGCGGUGCCCGCCGUCGACAUCUCGGUGCCUCUUGAGGUGGAUGCGCGCGCGGCCGACAAUUGGGAUGAAGCGCACUAG